AUAAAAGGGAGGAUGAAGACAAACAUGACCCGAAAACCCGAUUUGAACGUAACCGGUCGAUUUCCUCUUCCACAAGAUAUCAGUUGCGACCAACAACAUAUACAUAUAAAUCUAUGGCAAUGCAAAUGCAAUAAUCCAAAGGUUUAAUUGAAUUAAGCAAAUCAAAAGCAAUGAUGGAGGAAGAAUUAAAGCACAAGAUUCAAGAAUUGCAGAAGCAAUUAGGGAAGAAACAAAUGUUUGAGGAAGCUGUAUCCUCUAUUAGAUCGCUUCUUCUUCAAUACUAUCCUUCUGCUUCACCAUCUCUUCGUAAUUCGUUCUAUUUGGUUGUAUGUCGGGUUGCCACCAUUUUAAAGACAAGAUACACAAUGCCUGGAUUUUGGAAUGCUGGGCUUGGGCUAUUUAUUGAGGCUGAGCACCUGGUGUCAGGAUCGGCUGAGAAGAAACAUUUGCAGAGUUGCAUUACUCAGGCACGAGAGCAGUUAGCUGAAGUACAGAAUGAAUCUCAGAAUACAACAUCAACAGAAAAUGACUCAACUAGAAGAUUCCUUUUUGAGGGGCAUCUUACUGUUGACCCUGAGCCUGAGCAGCCUGCUUGGCUCGAACAAUCUCAUAUUCUCACUGCUGCUGCGGCACUUCUUGGUGGUGAAUCCUCUCAAGGUGAUCCAUCCAAUGUUAACGAUACGGAAGGUGCUCGCAAUAUACUCGAGCAGUUGGUUGCUAGACUAGAUAAUAUGAUACCAGAGAUUCUGGAAGACGGUCCUUCUGCCCCGAGACCACCACCUGCCAGUAAACAAGUUGUGGCAAACCUCCCAGUUAAUACAGUCACAGAUGAGUUGUUGAAGCAGCUUGGUGCAGAUGCGGAGUGUGCAAUUUGCAGGGAGGAGUUAGUUGUAGAUGACAAGAUGCAAGAGUUGCCCUGCAAGCAUAUGUUUCACCCUCCUUGCCUGAAGCCAUGGCUGGAUGAGCACAACUCUUGUCCAAUUUGUCGGCAUGAAUUGCUCACAGAUGAUCAUCACUAUGAGAGCUGGAAGGAGCGAGAAAAGGAGGCGGAGGAAGAUAGGAAAGGGGCUGCUAAUGCAGUUCGUGAGGGUGAAUACAUGUAUGUAUAAUGCACAAUACUCAAAUGGAUCGAAACUGCUGCGGAGGGGAUUACCAAAUUUCUUUUAUAUAUUUAGGAUAAAACUCUCUUUGGAUUUGUAAUGUGUAUCAAAACUUUGCUGCUUUUGAAUUACUAAUCUGAGGUGCUUAAACAUUCAAGAGCAACCCAUAAUAUAUAUAUAUGGAUUAUUAUACAGUAAUGAUUUUUCAGGAUAA